AUGGCUGCAAAAUUACCUUAUUUAUGUCUUCUUGAAAUUUUCGAACACAUUUUUAUAAAUCGCUCCACAACAAAAUUAACAGAUAUUUUAUCAUGCGUUUACGUAAACAAGGAUUGGUAUAAAACAGCCAUUCCAAUUUUAUGGAGGGACCCAUUUGAUAAUAAUCUUCAAUUAGAACAUGCCACGGCACUUGUAGAUAUAUACAUUGCUAGUUUUCCUCCGACAUUACAAAAUCUUUUGGAUUUCCCAUUAAAGGAUUUGUACGCAAAUAAUCCAAUUUUUAAUUAUGCAAAAUUUUUGCGAAGGAUGAAUAUUAUACAAAUUCGAACGGCAUCUGGACAUUGGAUAAAAUAUAAGAAAAUAGCAAUUAAAUGUCCAAUCUUUGAAUAUUUAUGUGCUCAUUUUGUUAAUUCUGCUCAAACUAUUAAGAGUAUCGAAUUUAAAUCCGAAUUCGAUGCUAUUGUUAAUGUGAACUUAUUUACGCUUUCUAACGCUUUAACUAGUCUUUAUUAUCUCAGAGAGUUUACUUGUUAUGGUGAACCAACCGAGAAUUUGUAUGCUACUGCCGCCAAGGUUUCUACAAGAAUUAAAAACUUAGGAUUAUCCCUCGUUUAUGGCUGUCCAAUUAUGUCAACAACCAUAAAUGAUAUAUCAACUUUCAUCAAGUCACAGAAACAACUUGAAAAAAUUUCAGUAGAUAAUAGAAUCGGUUGCUUUUGUUGUCCACAAGAUCUUUCUCUGGCAUUGGAUUUGACAAAUGUUUUUAGUUCACUUGGAUCCCAAGCUGAAACUUUGUCAUCAUGCAACUUUUUUUCUAUCGAUUUUCAUAAUGAUUUUCCUUUGAAACAAUUAGCUGAAUGUCAAAAUCUUUGUGAAUUAAUUAUUUCAAGAUGCUGGAAUUUCGGAGUACUUGAUUACAGCAAUGUUAAUUUGAAAUCUUUUACAUGUUUAGGUGUUAUAGAAUUAAUAUUAUCUGCUGUUCCAGAUAUGUUAAUUAAAACUUUUCUUAUUAAAUCUGGUAAAUCUUUGAGAAAAAUUAAACUUGAACAACAUUCUGUACAUGGUACUUUCUCCGAAACUCUUCAAUACUGUGCCGAAAAUAAUCCAAAUAUUACAGAUAUAUUGGCUUUUAUUUACCCUGAAGAAAUUCACCAUCUUCCAAUGUUUUUUAAAGCUUGUCAACAGUUAGAACAACUUGAAAUUUGGGAUAAAAAUACUCCUGAUCGAAGAGGAUAUGAAGAUUUACAUUAUUUUAUGAGAACAGUUGAAACUAUUAAUGUUAAUGAAAUUUUAUCACUCUUAGGAGCUGAAAUACCUUGUUCUUUGGUAAAUUUUAAAAUAAACAUGAAAUGGUCUUUUACCUCUACAUCACUUGAAAAUUUUCUUCACACCUGUCAAGCGCCAUUGGAAUCUUUAAGCUUUGAGCAUUGUGAAUGUUUUAAUGAAGAACAUUUGGAUAUUAUAAUUAAUUCGUUAAAGAAACCUUUAAAAAUUUUAAAUAUCAGGCAUGCAAAUUUUGAAGUGACACCAAAGAUUCGCGAAAGAGUAAA